AUGAAGGACAUCAAGAGCCUUACCGGACAUGUUGCCGCUCUUACCAAAUUCAUUUCUAAGGCUACCGAUUGGUGUGCCCCAUUUUUCAAUGGUAACAAGCACAACAUCGUUUGGACUCCCAAAUGCUACAAAGCCUUUACUGAACUUAAGAACUACAUGAGUAAGGAAGCACUCCUAUCUAAACCGGAGUAUGGAGAGGCCCUUAUGAUCUAUUUAUCUAUCUUUUCCAACGCCGGAAGCACUCUUAUCUUCCACUACAGUUAG